CAGGCUCAGGGGGUAGAACAGUUGGCCCAAGCCAUGGGCCAGAUCUAUGGUCAUGGCGGCCACGGCCCUCCACCGAUCCAAGGCGAGGUGCCAGCGCAUGCAGCUCCGCAUGCGGAGCAAACGCCAGAGGAGGCGGUUAUGGAGGCACCGCAGCAACUGGAGGUGGAGGAAGAAAUUCAAGAAGAUGCUGACUUGGAGCAGGCAAAGGAGGUCGAAAACUGGGGUGAUUUCUUCCGUGAAUGUGGAGAGUUUCGUAUCCCCCCCACCGUCCUGGCUGCCCGCCGUGCUGCCAACGAAGCAUACUGGGCCUUCGAUCGGGCGAUGCACGUCGCCGAAAAGAAGGUUGGCCGUGCUAUCCAACACUCGCUGAUUCGUGGGGCCUGAGUCUGUGAAGAAAGGUGAAAGGUUUUCUAAACUGCUCCGGGCAGUUCCAUGGGAUUAAAAACCAUUUUGUUUU